ACAGCUCAGAACAAACCUUAUAUUCAUGUGCCUGAUCUUGCAGUGGUUCAAACUCCCCGCAGCAACUCCUGGGCACUUUAGCACUCCUCCACCGCUUUGCUGCUGAGCGCAAUGCCACGGGGCGAAAUCAGGCGCAGCGCCUGCUCCGUUUCUCCAGCCGUGUGGAGGACAUGUAUCUUUGGCGCAUGGACUCUGCUGUUCCUGACGGAAGUCUGUGCGCAGUCUCAGCAGAGACCAAUCUUUAUAUGUGGCGGAAACAUCACAGGGGAGUCUGGAGUUAUUGGAAGCCAAGGUUACCCAGGCGUUUACCCCCCAAACACCAAGUGUGUGUGGAGAAUCACAGUACCUGAAGGCAAGGUGGUCGUACUGUCAUUUCGCUUCAUUGAUCUGGAGAGCGACAACCUUUGUCGCUAUGACUACGUGGAUGUACACAGCGGUCAUGCCAAGGGGCAGAGACUUGGUCGCUUCUGUGGGACCUUCAUGCCCGGAGCCCUCGUGUCCACUGACAACAAGAUGCUCCUGCAGAUGGUGUCUGACGCCAACACUGCUGGCAGUGGCUUCCUCGCCGUUUUCUCUGCUGCCCACCCUCAUGAGAGAGGUGAGCAGUACUGUGGAGGCACACUAGAUAAACCAUCUGGGACUUUCAAAACACCUAACUGGCCUGAAAAGGACUAUCCAGCUGGUGUCACCUGCUUCUGGCAUAUAGUGGCACCAAAAAACCAGAUCAUUGAAGUAAAGUUUGAGAAGUUCGACGUGGAGCGAGACAACUACUGCCGCUAUGACCAUGUCUCCAUCUUCAACGGGGCAGAAAUAAAUGACGCCAAACGGAUCGGCAAAUACUGCGGAGACAGCCCCCCAGCGCCAGUGUUCUCAGAGGGGAAUCAGCUCCUGAUUCAGUUCCUGUCAGAUCUCAGUCUGACAGCGGAUGGCUUCAUUGGACACUACAAGUUCAGACCGAAGACGUUGCCCAACACCACCACACCACCAACUACCACCACACAGCCGGUCACUACUAGGCCCAUACCUCUGAAGCACUCCGUCGCCUUGUGUCAGCAGAAAUGCAAAAGACGAGGAACCCUUGAGAGCAAUUACUGCUCCAGUAAUUUUGUGAUAACUGGCACGGUCAUUACUGCAGUCAUAAGAGGAGGAAGCAUGUACGCCACCGUCUCCAUCAUCAAUGUGUAUAAGGAAGGGAGCCUGGCAAUCCAGCAGGCGGGGAAGACAAUGAGCACCAAGAUCAUUAUCCUGUGCAAAAAGUGUCCAUUAAUCAGAAGAGGCUUGAACUACAUCUUCAUGGGCCAGGUGGAUGAGGACGGCCGGGGGAAGAUCGCCCCGCACCACUUCGUUAUGGCCUUCAAGAAGAAGAACCAGAAAGGACUUAACGUUCUAAAAAACAGGCAGUGCUGAUCUUUCCCUGUCGCUCCGAGGAUCUCCGCUGCACCGUUCCCGCUCAAAGGGGCUCAGCUGUGGAUGGAAACAAUUAGGCUGAAAACUGAACUCCAUCGAAACUCCACGAAAUCUGGGUGCACAGCUGGCAGGGAAAAACAAAGAAUAUGUAUGGUUCAUUAAAUUAAGGGUAACUCACAUUUUUGCAUUUGUUAGGACUUGUUUCUGCUAAUUUGGCACACAACAUUUAGUAAUUGCAAGCUUCAAUAAAAAAAAAAAACAGCUUGUCAUUCUGUCCUUUUAAACUGAGAUUAAUGAGCAGAAAAUGAGUCAAAAUUUCUCCCUCUAUUUUCCUUGCAUUCCUGCCACGCUUCUCGCAGGGAUUAAAUUGUAGCUACUUAGAAAAACAUUCCACUAUUUUGUUUUUGUCUUCCCAUCUGUUCUGGCCUCCCAGACUGGCACUUUCGUUCUAAAAUGAUUCCAGGCUCUACUUUGUAGUGUUUUAAACAAUUCAAGCUGCAGAAUACAGUGUGAAGAAGGACUUUUUGAUUUUCCUAACUUUCCUAAUAUUCAGAAGGGAUUUAUUGCCAGUUUUAUGAGAACUAGCUAACAUGUCCAGUGUUCAGUUCUAAUGGACAGGUCGGAAGUAUUAAAUGUAGUGACAAAAGUGCAAUAACAACCAACAUCAGUUCAUGUCACUGAAAUGCUCUCACUGUUUUGUUUAGGCAACAAACUGUUUUCAUGUAAAAAACAAUUAAAAAGAAUAUUAUUUAUAAAGCAUUGUUUUUAUCUUACCAAAUAAAAGUCUGACAUUUUUA